UGUAAUAAAACCGCUGUAACUUCAGAGGUAAUGUUCAUGUGUUGAUUAACUUUGACUGCCUGCUCAAACAUUUGGUUUAGCAUAUUUUGAGAGACUAUAUAUAAUGAACUGGAGUACUUAGCUUAACUCAACCUUAUUGAGCCAUCUCUACCACUUGGUUGAGUUAUGUUAUCCUAAAAAAAACACUAGAUGGCACUGUGUCAGGAUAUGGCAGGCCUCAUCUGCCACCCUCCAACCAAGAAAUCAGAAAGCAAAAAAUCACUCUGGACACAUGGACUGUUUUGGCUAAAAACUUUAAAGAUGGAUUGCAAAUCCUUUUAUGGAGCAAGACAACGCACCUACCUGGCCCUUGUACCUGAAAAUUCUCAGGACUCCGAUGGUGAACUGAGUGAUGAUGACCCAAUAGAGGAUCCAGAUUUUCAACCCAAUUUUGCAGAUGAUAGUGAUGAAAGCUGCUUUGAUGUUUCCCUGGAUGAAGAUGCUCCUUCAACAAGUAGAUCUAAUAAACUUUUGCGUAAAAUGAGCAAAAAAGGGAAACCUAUCCUAAAAACAGUUCCCUUGGAUGAAGCAGAGGAUACAUUAGACCCAUCUUCCUCUUUAGUCCCAAAAAAAGACACAAGAAGAAUCUGGAAGCAUGAGGACAUUGAAGAAUUUCAAGUUCCAGAUGCAAGUUUCGAAACGCCUGACGCCCUACAGUCCCCAUUCCAGUACUUCAAAAUGCUCUUCACUGAUGAAAUGAUUGAUCAUAUUGCCUAUCAUACCAAUCUGUAUUCUGCUCAAGAGUUGGGGGACACAAUCAAGACUAGCCCUAAGGAAAUUGAAGAUUUUCUGGCAAUCCUCCUAUUCAUGGGUGUUUUCAACUUUCCAUCGCUAGAGGAUUACUGGCACCAUGAGUCACGUUUCAGUGUGAUAGCAGAUAUCAUGCCAAAGAAGAGAUUCCAGCUUUUUCGCCGGUUCAUUCAUUUCAGUGAUAAUCAGCAGUGCAAUGAGAGUCAAGACCGAUUUAAAAAAAAUCAGACCUCUCUUUGAUAUGCUUCGUGAG